AGAGUGACGUCAUUAUUCUGCGCAAAACAAAACAACAAACCAUUUCUGUCAGUGGUCGGAGUUUGAUGGUUCUGAGAUAAAUGAUAACUAAAGCUAAACAACUGAAUGUAACCUGAUAAAAUUAUAUUAUAAAAAGAUAAACCAUAUUCACAGUAAAGGAAUAAGAUGAUUCAAACAGGAAUAAAUACAUGAAGAUGAAGAAAUAAGGAGCUGGACUACACUGUUUCUAUUGUUGUACUGUCCGUUUGUUUACCAGGUAGGUGAAGGGGACGUUAACAUGCAAGAAAACUAAUAAACUGUCACAACUCACAUGUAAACAUCCGAGAGAUCCACAGACAGAUGUGUUAGAGGAUCUGGAGACUGUACUGGUAUCACCUCUGAGCUGAUGCGUUUUUGUCCUGCAGGUUGUUAGUGACCCCUGACCCGUCAAUCAUGAGCUCCAGGGUGUGCAAGACCUGCGGGGGGUCGGAUAUCGAUGUGGAUCAGGCUCGGGGCAGCGCGGUGUGUACCGGCUGCGGUUCUGUUCUGGAGGACAAUAUCAUCGUCUCUGAGGUCCAGUUUGUGGAGGGCAGUGGAGGAGUGUCCUCUGCUGUGGGACAGUUUGUCUCAGCUGAUGGUAAGAUAAAGGAUAUUUACUGAACAUCCACCCAGGGCGACAAGGUUAUUUUCAUCUGUAGCGAAAGCAUGUAUUAAAACUUACGAAGAUUAUAUUUUUAGCCUAUUGUUUGUUGGUUAGUUUAAGGCAGUGGUUCUCAACUGGUGGGUCCCGACCCAAAAGUGGGUCGCGGACACGUUCUGGAUGGGUCACAAACAGCUGGUCAAAAAAGUAAACAUUUAAUGCGAUAUUUAUUAGAUAUUUGAUAUUUUCUGUACACGCAACUUCGGUAGUUGUCGUCCUCAUGUUGUCCCCUUUAUGUGCUCUGAAAUUCACUUUACUCAAUAAAACAAGUUGAUUUAUGUUAAAGAUAAAAAUCUGUAUUGUUUGUUUUUAAAAAAAAAAAAAUAUUUUAUAAAAAAUAAAUUUGCUUGGUUUGAGUUCUAUAAAAGUGGGUCACAACUUAAGGACCAUGGGAAAAUGUGGGUCCCAGAGUGAGACCAGUUGAGAACCACUGAUUUAAGGCAUGUACGUAGAUGUCCUUAAGGUGUUUACUUGCAGUAUGGUUUAAAUAGUCAAGUAUCUUAACAUGUAUACAUUUUAUCUCAGAACAGUUACAGGUGUUACAUAUCAAAUACUUAUUAACUUUUUUUUUUAAAGGGAAGACUUGGGCUUUUAAUUUCAUAUUUAUCAGAAGGACCGAAAAUUCUCUCAUUGUGUAGUCAUGCAGUUGUUGACUUAUUUACAUCAUUGCUGUCCCUCUGCUUUACUAACACACCCUUGAUUCUCAGUCUGUUUUUCUGCACUCAGUUUUAUAGUUAAGACAUCCUUCGUCUUGAGAAACAACGCUCACCUGUUGUCGUGACAGAAUAGAGAGUUGCACUUGCUAAUAUGUGAGCUGUGUUUUUGGUAACUGCUGAUGAAUAUGGUUAACAAAGCAGACACAUAUCAAGCAAAGAAAGAAGAACAAGGCAGGCUUUAGAGAAGCUGCAGCAUUAGGGGCAGGCUAUGUGUGUGUGCAUUAUCUCUGUGUGUGGGAUAAACCAAUUAUGUAACUGAAUUUACAUAAAAAAUGUGAAAUAUAAUAUAAAUGAGGCCUUCCUUAAAAUACCAUUUUCAGUCAGCAACCACAAUGAGCUAUCAACAAGCUUAUAAAUUGUUAUGUUUUUUUCUGAUCAUGUGAAGGUCAAAACCAUAAUUGCAAUUGAAAUUCAGUAGAAUGUGCAGCACCAUACCUUUCAGAGCUCAUUUGGAGAACAUCCAUUGAUUCAAAAAGUUUGUAAAACAUUCAUCACUUUGACUAUCAAGUGGACAACCAACUUCAUGACACUGGUUAGUUCCAGCUCCUCACUUAAGGCUGGAGAGGACAGAUAACUGAAAGAUGCCCAGGGUACACUGAACUCACAUCACAGUAUAGGUCCCAGGUGUUCAGGAUCAAUUACCAUGGUGAGCUACCUUGGUAAAAAAAAAGUAAACCACCAUUAUAACCAAAAACUCUUAACCCUGAAGUUACCUUCAUAAUAAAAAAUCUUACCACAAAUAUAGAGAGCAGGUCCUUCUAGACAUCCAAGUAGACAUUUUUGACUCAAACAGCUGGAUGGCAACAAACUUUAUUCAACCAAACUGUGAAGAACAUGUUCAAUUCUGGAAGUUACUGUUCUUCACCAGCUGAUCUGUUUACCCAAGAGGACUAAUGGUGUUCAGAUGGCAUCUUCUGAAACUAAUCACUUCAGAAACUGGUGGAUCACUGAGUCUAAGCUCUGAAGUAACAUCCAAGCAACAUGAUAAGACACUGACUAUACCUCUAUUUACUGUGUGGUUGAAUAAUGAGAGAAAGUUCACUUUGGUUUGAGGCGGCCGUUGAGAAGCUGAAGUAUGUGCUGGGACCUUAAAAACCCACCUUUCCCCUGGGUGAUCUCUAACAGACCAGGUUCAGGUUUGUGUAAAUCUUUUUUGGGUACCUCUCAUGAGACCUUGGUGAACAUUGGCCCCAUACUGACUGGCCCGGCUGCAGUCAGACCUGGUGUGUAUUUUCAGGUCUGAACCUGGACUAACAGAACCAUUAUGGCCUGAAUAGGAACCAGGGCUCCCAGCUGUGCUUGCAGCAGGACUCCUCUCUGACUGCCUGGGGUAGUGUGGCUGGUACUUUCUGGUUUUGGUUGGAGUGUUUGGAACACUCUGAGGAGCUAAGCUGGAGGUGGAGGUCCUACUGGUGUCUCCUCUGGUGUUAGCCUGAGCGCUGGGGUUCUGAAGGUUCUGUCGUUUGGGCUCAUGUGGAGUUGGGGAGCUUUCCUGAAGACCAGAAACAGGUCUGACUCUGAUGUGGGACACUCCUAGAAGUUAAGAUGAGUGGAAGAAACAGAACAUAAGUAGUCUCUCAGGACACAUAGAUAAAUGACAUUGACCAAGAAGAUUGUUUGGAAAUUUGCAAAUCUUGUCAUCUGACUUUAUGGUACACUGAAUAUUUUUGUUUGAGCAAAUCUGGCUCUGUCUGGGUAAUAUGCUGAGCUAAAAAUGUCCAAAACUGUCCUCUAAAAAUUACUUUGUAAAGGCAACAAGAAAUGAUAAACACCUGUGGGUUGGAUGAGUGUCUGCUGGGGUUGUGGUUGGUUUAGGACUGGAUAGUGCAGUUUCUGCUGGGGUUCUGGUUGGUUUGGGACUAGAUUGACCAGUUCCUGCUCUGGUUGGCGUUGGUUUGGCACUGGAUGAACCAGUUCCUGCGUUUGUGUUCUGUCAGGCACGUGUUCUUUUGUACUUGAACCUCUGUGAUUAGAAGGACGCUUAGCUGUCCAGUGGUUCCCAUCACUCUUGUCAACAUUUAGACCAGUGGCAUAAUGGGAGGUAUUGGAUACUUGCCUGUCUGGUUGUUUGAUCACAGGCUUGAAGCUGACAUUGUGUCCAGAGGGGAAAAAUUUGCUCUGAGGUUUAACUCUGACAUUCUGCACUCUCGACCGAUCCAUAUCGAUGUUUCUUCUCUCAACAGAUCCUGGUCUUCCAGGGCUUUGGUUAUGCUGGCCAGUCAGUGCCACCCUGACAGACCCCCCUUUGUCUCUGGUAUUUUCUGUGUUGUAAUAAUCUGAGGGUUCAAGCACUGGAUGGAGUUGAGUUGCUUGAAAAGAAUAAUUUGGUCUGUAAAGCUGAUAACCUGGUACCUCUUCAGUUUUAGCCACUUCCUGUAUUAAAUUGUUUUGAGUAGGCUGGUCCCGUGCCAGGCCAGAGGGCCACACAUUCUGAUGGAGACUCUGCCCAGAGCUUCCCUGGUUGCCUGCAAAUCUUUCAGGAUUCAUGUCAAAAGGACUUGAACCUAAGCCAAGGUGGUCCUUGAUCAGACCUGGAUUUUCUUGUCUUGCUUCUGCAAAGCUGGGGCUUUGUGUAUUAAGGUUUGACAGCUGGACGCUGCCGUCUGUAGACUUCCCAUACCUGUGGUGGAGUGGGUUUUCAGUCGGUGAUACGAAAUGAUGUUGUUCUGUAGUCUGGACCAUGAGAUUUCCUGCAGGAGAUGAGACCAGCAGAGGGACUUUUGGAGGAGGGAGCAAUUGGAGCUUUGGAAAAUUUGGGGGGAAGUGGAGCAGCUUGUUGAAUCUUCCAGGCAUUGUGAUGUAGCGACUGGGUCCGGGUUUUAGCCAAGGCCUUACAGCAAACUGUGGCGGGAUACUAACGGCGUCAGGAGUUUGGUGGGCCUGGAUUGUGGGGGUGUUGGCAGCAGUUCCAGAACUUGGUUGCAAACAGUCUUGUGAAAGGAUUUCACUAUCUGAAUCUGCUGGGAAGAAAAAAAUGACAUAUUAUAACUGUCAUCCAGGGUAAUCUGGUUAAUAACUGAUGACUCAGGCCUUGACCUUUCAGGUUCUUGAAGACUUUGACUGAACCGAUUCCAGGAGUGUCUGAUCUGAACCUCCUGUCCACAGAAAGUCUUCCGACUCCACUGAGCGGAUAGAAGCACCUCACAGUCAACCUGUUUAAGAAGCAGGAAUUUCAUUAACAGGAGGGGUUUUCUCAGACUAUAACCCUUUGUUUCAGGUCUAAGUUUUGUCUUACUUAAACUGAGAUCCUCUGGAGAUGAAGUUCGGUCCAUCAGUGAUCAGCUGUCUGUCAUGGAGGAUUUCAUUUUCAUAAACUAUGUACGAUUCCCCGACCUGUUAAACAACCUCAAUUACAAACCUUUUCAUUCAUACAACUUAUUCUUAUAUUAUCUACAGGAAAUAUAAACUGAAGAUAUUUCUGUAAUUUAAAUCAUAAUGGAUAUAAUCUUCAAAAAGGUUGUUGCCCAAACUGUUGUUUACUGGGGCCUUUCAGGAAACCCAUCAAGAUUAGAUUCUUAUCAGUUUUUGGUAUUGCUGAGUUGUACCAUGGCUCUGGUUCCACAUGAAUUCAACUUGAAUUCAAACAACGCUCUGGAUCCAUCUGUCAUUUUGGGUCCGCAGCUAGGGUCUAGAAGAGUGGUUCUUUCAGGCUGUACUGCAGGCCAGGUGGAAGUCGGAGUGGUCACCACUGUCAUGGUCUCAUCCUUGGAACAGACUGACACCACAGAGAAACGCUGGAACUCAUUUUCCAGAAAUACAAAAUAAAUGAAGCUUUCUACUUCUCUUAAAACUGUUUUUAGCCAAGAAUAAAACCCAAAAACAAAAACUGAGAACACAUUGGAGUACUCUUGAUGAACACUUUAGUGCUGAUAUGUCUGUAUAAAGCUCACUGAUAAAAAAAACACACACACUUAAACAUGUGGUGUAAAAGUAGUUAACUUUUGAUUCAGUUUUCACGCUGAUUAAAUUCACUGGAAUUUCAGGGUCCCUUAUGUGCACCCACUAAAGUGACCCGCACAGAGGUUGAUCCUGAGUUUGUUGAUGCACUUGGGACAAAUAAAGGCAACACUACUUGGCUUAAACAAAUAAAGGUUACCUAUCAUGUCCUGUGUUUUGAAGAGGCAGCGUUUGGAGGUGGAUGUCUGGACCUCCAAAGUUUUGGAGUCUCUGAGAAGCAGCUGAAAGGUUCCAUAAAAGUUUAACAGGUUGAUGUCCUGGAGAGAAAAAUACAGAGGCAUUACUGACAGUGGGACUCUAAUAUUUUCCACUUUUUCACUGUUGAUGAAUGUUGUAUAUGUGAAGAUUCAAAUAAAGGUUUAAUCCGUUUUCAUAUUAAGAUGAGUGUCCCAGUCAGGGGCUUGACAUAAAGGGAAAAACUGGUCUAAGAUCUGAACACAGUCUCCUCAUUGUAGACAAGUUAGACCAGGACAGGCUCCUGCUGGCAACACCUAGUCUCUUGAUACUUGAAUUAGUUUUUCAUUCUUGCCUCAUUCCACAUUCAGAGACUUACCUCAGGGUUUGCAUCGUUCACACCCCCAUUAACUAAUUACAGAAUUAAACAUUAAAAAUCACUGCUCAUAUGCAAUACUGUGACAGUUUCUGUAGCAUAACAUAGUGGAAAACCUCAGCACAACGUGGCUAACCUCAUAGGUGUAUCCAACUGAGAACACAGGGACUUCCAGGGUGAUUUUGUGGUUGUCAGUGUAGAGGCGAUACCCUCUUUGAGCCGCCAGCUCUGAUGUUAGAGGCUCAUGGUCAAUGCCCACUUCCCAAAAGCUCUCCGCUCGCAGUGGUCGGACCACACUGAAGCUGAUCCCUCCAUCUGAACACUGCGCUGUGAUCUCUGGAGGGACUAAGGGAGUGUGGCUGAAUUAAAUACCCCUCUAUAAAUCUGCGGUAACUGCAAAGGUGAAUCCAUUUUAGAUGUUCUUACAAGAAUUGGAAACUCGUGCUGUCAGGGAUGUAUGGUGGUAGUAAAAGUCUCUCUGAGGCAUGAUAGUCAGGUUGAAGUUUAUGUUUAUGGAGUACUGCACCACUCCUUGACCCAGGUACUGUGAAAAGAAAAAAUGAGCAUUGGUCAUCUCACAAGUCAGACAACUAUAACGAACCCAAUGGAACAAGACAAACCAAUAAAUAAACAAAGACAGUCAAGGUUUCUUCUGAGGACUCCUCACCGUCCAGUGAACGGCAGGGUCUUCGAAAGGCAGCUGGAGUUCGUAGGCUCGGCUGCCGUUGGUGUUAACAACAGGUUUGAUGCUGAGGCCUUGUCCUGCACUCUGAGGUAUAAGCUGCUUUUCAUUGAUCCAGACUUCCUGUAGUACAACAUCAGCAGGAAUGUUCCCCAGGUAGACCCUGAACCCUUGGUCAUCAUUGGAGGUUUCUACAAGAAGAAACAGAGAGGGUUGAACAACAGCCAGGAAAAAUAUUAUUCAGUCAUUCUGAAGUUUUUGUUCUACUCGCUGCUAGAAACCCAGAGCUAAAUAUCUUAGACACUCACGGUCCAAGCUGAAAGGCUGGCGGCAAAGCAGUGGUGUGUCAAGUACUCUGAGCAUCCUGUGUUUGGUUUCAAUGCUGCUGCCAUCCUCAAACAGCAGUGAGAAGAUGUGUUCGUACAGCAGGAAGAUCACGUACAUCUCCUUGUACACAUUGUUCACUACCAAACUCUGAAGAAAGAUGACAAAACAACAGUGUACAGUACAUGUGUCGGGGAUCAUGACAUCUGUUGUGCCGUUCACAGGUUUGGACAGAGCGAACUUUACCUUUCUGUAGCCUCCCUCUGCCCCAAAAGGCACCCUUAUCUGGACCACAUUUCUGUCUUGAACCAGACCGAUUCCUCUUGUGGUUGAAGUGGAUUCAUCCAAUAGCACCCCCUCCACCCCAACCCUGAAGCUUUGACUUUCAAACCCAGGUCCCUCUCCUAUUAGAGGGGACAUGGCCAGCGGGAUAUCCCAGAGAAGCUGGGCGCCAUCGAAAGAACCAGGAUCUGAGGAAAAUGAUCAAGCUCACUGUUAGCAAAAUUUAAAUACUGGCCCCCUCAGGUGUGUGUUUGUGUGGAGGACUUACUCACUGUGCAGGCCAUGGACACAUCAAUCAUAACCACUGUCAGCUUCUGCUUACUGAAGAGAGAGACCCGCACAACCUCCACAGAGAUGCCAUCCACCUGACCAAGAACCAAGAAAACAGAUAUUUUGGCUCAGAUUUUGAACAAUUUGAGUCACAGAAAUGUAUUGCUAACAAGUCAAAGACACUUAUCACAUGAACAAGUGAAUCCAAAUGACUGCAGAUGUUAGUCAGGAUAGUCUGGAGACUUAAUCUGACUCUGCCUUUAGUUUAUUUUUGAGGUCAUGUUUGAUGAUAGGAUGACGUUUAGGCCUGUUUUUUGCUUCUGCGUCAGACCUAUGCAGUAGCACACCAAUGAUAUGUGAAGCCCUGUACUCUAGGCAGAGUACCCUGCCCAACACACACCCUCAUAAAAAUGUAACUAGGCAUUGAAAGAGCGCAGUUUGCAAGCCCUGUGACUGGUCCGCCUGGUAGCGAUUAUUCCCAGUAUCACUGCCACAUCUUGCAGGUACCACACACUACAGAAUUCACUCAGUACCCAUGGAAAAAAAUAAAGGACUUGGGUAUAAUGAUGACACACAUUUCUUCUGUUUGUAGUUCAGCACUGUGGCAGACAUGACAGGGAAUGCACCAUGGUUACUGUAUUUAAGUACUUGAUACUUUAGGGAGGUGUGAUUGCAGAAAGGCUCCUCACUCUCUCCUCUACAUACCAUGGUCAGCUCAGCAUGCGACUGCUUGUACAGAGAACGAAGAACUAUCCGCUGAGCAGAGGUGCUUAGACUGAAGCCCCACCUCUCAGCUUCGCUGACAGACAUGGAGGACACCUGCCCAUCACUCUUCAGGAUCAUCAGCUGCCAGACAGAACUUGCAGUCCUCUGCGCCUGAAAUCAUCAAAACCAUAUAAACCAAGGUUUACAAAGGAAAAUGUGGGUCUUUUUUGGAGGGCUUGUCAUCACACGAAAAGAACUUCAGGAUUGAAGUGAGAUUAGAGGAAGGAAUUAAAUUUGCUGAUGAAGAUAGAAAGGCGCUUACCAAGGCCUACCGACAUGUAUAAACUGUAAAGAGACCAGGCGCAGAGGACACCAACAAAGCAACAAGGUUGUCCCAGAUUGCCACUGUACCCUCAAUACUGGAGUAUGUUCCACAAACUGCAAACACUUCACAGUGUUCACAAAAAUUCACAGACUCAUACUACAAAACUACAGACUGCAACUGUUUCCUCUGUAUUGGACUAAAACAGACUCCAACUGUUCCCCUAAAACUGGAGUAUUUUUCAUGUUAUUAUGUGAAACUUGAUAUUAAAUCACGGGGAAGAGGUAUCAUCAGGUUAAAAAAUGUAAAGUACAAUCUGGAUGCUGUGAUGUCCUAAGUUUUUGUGGGAUACCUGAGACAGGGCUGCCUGCCACACCUGUCCAGUGUCCCCUCGGAGUCCUCCACAUGAAGGGUCCCUGUUAACGUUUACCUGUUGGACAACACCAGACAGCUGUUAAACCACAUCAGCUUAACCACUCCUCAUCCACGUCACACAAGUUGGUAUUAUUCUGACCUCCAUGUAGUCCUCCUCACAAGUGAUCUCUCUAUGAGUCCAGGUCAGACCAGAACAGACUGCAGACACAGGAUGGCUGAUCCAAUGGCCCAUGGCGUCACUUAUCAUCACAUUCAGUCUGAACGUGAACACCUCGUCAUUCUGAAAAACACAAAACCUCAUCAAGAACACAACCAGAAAGAGGAAGGCCAACUGGUUGUGAGUUGUCAUGAGGUAGGGCCACUCAUGCCUGGUUGUGGGUUGGUAAGAAGCUGAGCCAACUGGCUGUAGACUGCAUUGAGGCAGAGUGACUUGGUUGGGUGUAGAUCUACCUGGUUUUGUGUGAAGCAGGAGUAGUAUGAGGCCCUGAAGGUUGUGGAACCAUCCAUCUUAAAACUGCUGAUGGUGUAACCACAGAGCGGGGCCAGCUGUGCACUAAUGGGGUGGACGCCAUUUUCAUCUGUGACAUGCCAGAUGAGAGAGGAUCAGUAACCAGGUGGAAGACAUGUAUCAGGUGAGCAGGUAGAAGUCUACACUUGUGUCAAGACUCACCAACAGCUUCAAAUUGCGGUGCCUGUGUAGAGACAGCACGGACCCAAAGGUAACGAUCUCGACACUCUGACUGAACAGCAGGCUCUGUGGAACCUGAGAGCACAAACAGGUCAAAGGUCACCAAGAAACGAGGCUCUCAGAUUCAGGAGAGUCGUGGGGCUGUGAGGAUAAGCAAAGAAAUAUGGUCCACUAAAAGAAGCGGUACAAAAACCUGUGCAGGUUGAGGACACCCUCUACAUGAACCAGUAAAGAUAAGGUAUGGCGUGAUCACUGAAAUUCACUUCACUUUUUGUGGAGUGGUUCCCAAAAAGGAGAGAACAUAAUAAGUGUGCCCGGAGUCUUUCACAAGCACUCACAGUGUUGCACAGUGUGCUAGUUUUGCUGCUCCAGCCAGCCAAUCAUAAACUGGAUAAGGCAAGACUGGUCACCUAGUAAAAAAGCCAGGUAACCAGGAAAAUAAAUGCUUGUCGGAUUACCAUAAUGGAGACAAAGUCCAUUUUUGGGACAGUUCUUUGUGCCUCAACAUCAAGUUAACAUAACUAUUUAGCAUUCUUUGAGAUGAUUCUUAGUAGUAGUGGUUGCAGCAAUAGUGUAUGUGUUGCAAUCAACCAUUUAAUAUUUUAAACUGUUCAAUGAAAUUUGGAACUUUUUGCUCAAAUUGUCUCACACAAUCACAAACCAGACAACGAACAUUUCGGACCAAGUCACUUUUUAUAUAAAACAGUAAAAAAAGUUUUUACCCUGCAGUUGACUUCCAGCUGAUUUUUCUAUGAAGUCACUGCAAACCAAGAUCAGUCUGCAACAGAGUGACAGUAAAGUUCAGUUUUUGCCUCAUCAGGUGAGCUUUUUUGUUACCUGUUCAGGUGAGAUUAGAGAGACUCACCCGAUGAUGACAGCAACAGUUUUCAUGUUGAAACUGUGUGUGUCCUCUCUUGGUCUGUAGAGGGGAAGAUUCACCUUUGCAACCAGGUGAGCUGAUCACCUGGUUGUCAUGGAAACAGAAGGGGGCAGUCACAGCUGACUGUAGUUGAGUCUGAUUACAGCAGGAGCUCCUUAGGAGGUCCAGAGAGCUCAGUGUGGCUGUGAAACAUGUGAUCAAAACACUCCCGAACGGAUCAUUUAGUCCAGAAGUUUUAUUAAGACAGACAAAUAACAAAUAAACAAAUAAAACAGCUGAUCAGAGACCAUACACCAAUCUAUGUUAUUAAACUGUCUGUCUGUCUGUUUGUAGGUCCAGUUAAAGCUCCUCUUCUUGGUUCUGGUUUUCAUACCAGUGUAGGGAAAGAGUCCAGAGCUCAAACUCUGCAGAGUGGUAAGCACAUUUAUUCUAAUCUAUCUAUUGGGCUUCUUCCACCUAUUUACGUCUCCAGUAUGUGUCAUGUACAGUAUCAUUAACCCCCCCGUGUUUCAGGUAAGCGUCAGAUCCAACAGCUGGGCAGUCAGCUACAGCUGAAUCAGCACUGUCUCGACACGGCCUUCAACUUCUUCAAGAUGGUCGUCAGUAAGCAUCUAACCAGAGGACGCAAAACAGAGCACGUCAUUGCUGCAUGCCUCUACUUGGUGUGCCGCACUGAGGGGACGCCACGUAUCCUAGCAACCAGCAAAGCACCUACUGACACUUCAAAUUAGCUUAAGCUGACUCUGGUACAGUGCAUCAAGUAGGAACAUGUGUUCAAUACUGUAAACAGUCCUUUUCCACAGAAAGAACAGAAACCCUCACUGUGACCUUUGACCUCCUUAAGAUUACCUUGUUCCAGACAUGUUACUGGACUUGAGUGACCUGCUGCAGGUAAGACUGACCUCAGACAUACCAUGUGUGGUAUGCCACACUAUCUCUGUAUUGUGUUUUUUAACUGUCAGUAUUAUCUGAUUCUUUGCUGAAUAUGAAUGAGAGCCCACAGAGACAAUUGUGAGUAUUGUUGGUGUAACUGUGUGUUUUCUUUCCAGGUGAACGUUUACAUUUUGGGUAAAACCUUCCUCCUACUGGCUCGUGAACUCUGCAUCAACGCUCCAGCUAUAGGUAAGGAACUUUUUAUAAGUUUCUGAAACUUUGACUUCAGCUCAUCUUAUAGCUGUAUAAGUAGAGCCAUGUUUAUCCAGAAUAUAAACUGACACUGUGUGCAUUUCUGUCAUUAUUUGUCAAAAUUUGACAGACAGCUGAACCCUCCCCUGAUUCUGUACAACAUUAAGUUUAUUGACUUUAUUCGCUCAGAGAAUAAAUCUUAAAGAGGGGACUGUUUACAUUCUUAUGUGUCAUGCUAGUUUUGAAUAAGCUUUAUUUUGUUUUUAAAAUAACACUUCCAAUGAGCAUCUCUGUCACAGCUUUAACGGUUGUAAAUACUCACUGCGCUCUUCAGUGAACCCUAGUGGCUAUUUAAAGAAACUACAGGUUUAUUAUAAAGCUGCAACACAUUUUACUGUUUACUUCAACUUUAAUGAUCAAAUCACAGAAGCACAGACAGGCCAAUCAGCUUUCAGCUCCAGUUAACCAGCUAAUCAAUCAGCUUCCAGUUCUACUCCAGCUGCCAAUCAGCUUCCAGUUCAGGGCAGCAGUCUUGUCAGAGCACCUUGCUAUGCUGCUGGUUGUAUCUCUGACAUGUUUUCUGAUUGGUCAGUUGCCUGGGGGGCAGCAGGCUCUGGUUCAGCAGUAAAAGACCACCUCGGGGAUCUGCCCCCCCUGCACUCCAGUCCCGUUGGUGCUGUCUGAGGAACACUGAAACUGGAAGGUCACUUUUCCACACUGCACCUCUGUCAUCCCCUCCUGACCGAAGUAGCUUAGCUCAUUCCCGUCGAGGACAGCGCUGACUGUGUAGAACGUGUCCUGUUCCACCUGGACUGGGUGUUCAAACCACACCGGAAAGGUACUGCUGGACCCAUCCGACAUGAACUUGGUGAAAUUCUGAGCCAGGACUGUACCCUGCCUCUUCAGUUCAAUCUUUACGCUGUACUCAGCCUUCCCACCACUUGAGCCAUACAGUCCGAGUCCUGCCAUGAAGAUCCGCCGGUCCACGGCAAACUGGAUGCUGUCACAGCGCCCCCUGUAGCGCCACUGGUUGCUACGGUAGGCUGAAGACUGAAAGCGGUGGCACCUCUGAGGUACUAAGCCAGUCCGCUUCACAAGAGGGAACUCCAAUCUGGGUUUGUUGGAGGCAGUGAACCACAGAAAGACAUCACGAGUUUCUUUAAGUGUCAGGACAUCCGACUGCGCUGCCCCAUCAGCAAACUCCUGUAGGGUCAUGGAGGGGAUCCGGACCAGGUAAAGGGCCUUACCAAGGACCGUUCGCUGAUUCCUAGGAUUCACUACAAGACCCUGGCGCCGACACUCUGCAGCUGCCCAGUUCAGCACAGCUUGAAAGAUUGCAACCUCGCGGAUAUUGAGCGAGUCUCUUUGCAGAAUUAUUUCGAGUGUGGGUCGAUCAAUCUCACAGAAUCCCUCAGAGCGCAAAGCAAGGUCAGCCUGAGCAUCAAUCACCUCCCAGCAGCGCUCUGUGAGCUCUGGCUCCUCAAAAAGCCGGCUCUGGGACAGCAGGACACAGGCAUUCCUUGCCUCUAGACUUGUCUCCAAGAAUGACACGCAGGCUUUUGCCAGAGCAGGAACGAUGUACUUCUUAGCAGCAUAAAGUGUGGCAAGCACUGUGUCCGCCUCCAUCUGGAUCUCAUCGCUGUACAUAUACCUAGGACAGAGAUAGACAAGGUCAAGACCUUAGAUGGGGACACGCAGGAUCAGAACCUUUGUGAGAAAUUCAAAAUCUAAACUCCAGGACAUACUUUAACAGGAUGAGGAAAGCUGCUGGCUCCACAUCAGGGAUUUGGAUUUCGGAUUGUCCUUCUGCCAGAUCUCCGUAAAACAUGGCUCCAAAGACUGAGCUGCCCACUGCAAGGACAUACUGCAACACAUGAAUGGGGACAAGUUAGAGGCAGGGGGAAAUCAGAGGUAUGGGCCAGAUGAGUGCUGGUCCAGGUGUACCUUAUGAGCAGGGACUUUCUGAGUCUCUCCUGGAGGUCCGACGAUAAAGUGAACAUCGGCCAUGAGCUCAUUGUUGAACAUCAGAGCGUUUCUAAUAGACACAUUAACAAAAACAACAAAGACCAUCAUUUUUACAUAGUAUCAUUUCAUACCAACAUGAUUGAGCAAAUUCUGGGCCUGAAUCCUCCCCCUAGUUGCCAUCCAAAUCAGAACUGACCCCCACCGAGCUGCCCUACCAUCACUAACCUCUCUCUGAGGGUGGGCUGAACUUCCUGUCGGUUUUCUCUCUCCUCCCCGUCGUCACUGGCAUUGAGUUGAACUUCAUCUCUGUAGAAGUUGUCAUGGUUACUGUCUGGUGGCUGUGAUUGGCUGGGCUGUAUCAAAGACUUUUUCACCUCCACCUCAUUACCAUGAGGGAGAUUGGUGGGGAACAGCUCGGCCGCCAUUGCUCCCUGACUCCUCCUCCUGCUUGCCUGACUCCUCCCCCUUCAAAAUCUCCCCUCUCCUUGGUCACAGAGCAGGGGAGGUCACUAACUCACAAGAGGUUGAAUUCCUGGGAGAGAUUAGCAAGAUUGUAAUUCAGCCGAAUACACAUUACUGAGAUUAUAAUCCAUACAUUCCUCCUUAUUUAUGAAAUAAUUUUCUAAGUAUUAAAAAAAUAUUUCUUCCUGUCUAUAUUUAUAGUCUAUAUAUUUGCAGUAUAUUUUCACUAUUGUAGUAUCAUUAAAUUCACAGAACAGUAACCAAAUCCAUCAAACUUCUCUUUUAUUGUGCAGUAACACAGUUCAUUCAGUGCUCUAUAUGCAGUUCAGUAAUGCAGGUAGACUAAGUGUUACAUUUACAGUAUUAAUUUGGUCGUUAAUUGUUCCAUUUGCAGUUUUAUAACUAAAUGCUUAAUUUUUUUUAAUCUUAAGUACAUAGUCACAGAACAUAUAGGGUUAAAUUUGCAGUAAUUUUAUGUAGUACAUUAAGUGCUACUUGAAUUAUUAUAAUGCUGUACUUGAAGCUGCUACACUAGUACAGUUUUUUUGUGCAUUAAGGGUUUAACAUACUUAAGUUUUUUUUUUUGCAGAUUUAUAGAUUAGGAUAAAGUAAAUUCUAAAUUUGCAAUACAAAAGUGCAAGACAAUCAGUUUUAUAUAAUAGCAGUAGUUAUAUUUGCUGUGCAGUAACACAGAACAUAUUUUAAAGAGUAAUAUCAACAAGCAGUAACAUUAGGGUUUUGCAUUAUGUAAUGCAGGAAAGUGACGUCUAUGUUUAUGGAUAUGAAGUGUACAUAUAAUACAGAAAUAUUUGGCAAUUUAGUUGCAGUACACAAAGCAGUAACUGGUUAACAGUACAUAAUGUAGUAAUAUUAGAUAAUAUUAUGUAUAGUAUUGCAGUGACAGAUUAGAUGUUAGAUUCAGUAUUUAUACGCAACAGAGCAGGAGAAAAUGUUUUUUACUGUAUUUAUGCAGCAGUUCGGUACAUUAGAUAUGAUAAAUGCAGUUUGUAGUGCAAUACAUAAGAUGUAAUAUUUGCAGUAAUGCAGUACAUUCGCAGAUUUGCCAGUGUACGGUAAAUUUGAUGGUAAAUUUUGCAGUGCAGUUGAAGGUGGAUCUGUAGGGAUCACUCAGAACUAACCCAGCACCAGGUGGUCUGGUUUGGGAUAAUAUACUCAAGGUUCUGUGGUUACGGUCAGGUUACUGGAGUCUGUUUUAAAUCGAUAAUCAAUCAUUAAUAAUGAUCCAGACGGCUAGAUAAACAGACCUCGGCUAAGCUAUUAAUCAGACUGAGUUUGCUGCUGUCGUUCCAAUGAUUCCGUCGGUUUCUUCCCCUAGUCAUGCAGCGCGCACGUAACCGGAGCGAACCCGCAUCGACAGCGACCACAGACGGAGAAAUGUGUGCGAUAGUGUGUGCGUGUCUGUGCGUGUUUACCUGUCACACACCCCGCCGCCGUUUGUCCUGCCGUUAACUGUAAAUACACCUCGACACCAGCCUGUGUUUGUUUCUCCAGGCGCCAUUUUGCCUCCGUUGCCACAUCCGCCUUCACCGAGUGACUCCACAAGAUGGCGACAGAGCGCGGGAAAAGUAUAAAAUAUUGUAAAAAGAAAAUAAAUGAUUUGACCAAGCAAACCCGCCCCUUAUUUAUGAAGAGAAAUACAAGUUGUUGUUUUUUUUUUUUUCAAUAACACACACAUUUACUUUGGUUAGACACACUUAAUACAUUGAUUUUUAUUACACACCAGAACUCACAUUAAUACUCCCACAUUAACACAUUUACCAUAACCACUCACAAAUUAAUUUCAACAGGCUACACACACACUAGUCACAAUUAAUUCACUAUAAAACAAUUGUUGUUUUUUUUAGCUACAUUCAAGUCAUUAACUAUCUUUCAUUUAUUCUUCCCUCCAAUCCUGCUCCCCCUCAUCUUCCUCAGACCCCUGUUUGUAUAUCCCUAGGUUUGCUCACAUGCUAGAGUUUGGGGCAAAGACUCAUGAGGUUUCCAUGACAGCUCUCCGUUUGGUUCAGAGGAUGAAGAGGGACUGGAUGCACACAGGCCGCCGACCCUCUGGACUAUGUGGAGCGGGUACAACAUGGUUCCUUUAACCAAGACUAGACCAUAUCUCUGAUGUCUGUUAGUGACCCUUUCUCUCUUCUUCUUCUUCUUCUUCUUCUACUCCUCAGCUCUCCUGGUUGCUGCUCGGAUGCACAAGUUUCGUCGCACAGUGAAGGACGUGAUCAGUGUGGUAAAAGUGUGUCAAACCACCCUGAGGAAAAGGUCAGAUUAUAUUUACAACAGAUUAGAUUACAAAAGAUUACUUAAUAGAUAGGUUACACCAUCCACAUCACAACCAACAAUAGGAGAUCUAAACCAAGGAUCCUAGUCUCAGUCUUUCCUCUACCUGCAGAUUAACAGAGUUUGAGGACACCCCCACCAGUCAACUGACCAUUGAUGAGUUUAUGCGAGUUGACCUGGAGCAGGAAUGUGAUCCACCCUCCUUCACUGCAUCUCAACACAAAGCAAAGAUGCAGCAGGUAAUUAUCUUCAUCCUGAUGCUGAGGCAGGUCGGUUACCAGAUUAUGAUUGGCUGGAGCAGGUAGAACACGGUAUCUCAAUUUUACCGCUAUAGGCAGGUGGUUUUAUCUCAGAUUAGUUGCAGAUUGGUUGCACUUUGAUUAAAAGUGGAAAUAAAUCAUUUUACUGUCUGAUUCUCUUACAGCUGGAACAGGAGCUGUCAAGAAAACUGGAUGAUGUUGAAGGUCAGAAUACUACUCUGCUCAUUACCCAAGGCUAUUUUAUAGGACUUAUAUAGAUCUACAAGAACACUCCUUUAUAAAUGUCUGUUUAUGAUGAUAACUGUAAUGAACGCUGGAUGGGUUACAGGCACUUUAAAAAAUGAAUUUAUUUUAACUAGUAGACUUAAACUGUCCUCUUUGUCUCUUAGGAGAGAUCAGCUGUUACAAAGAUGAAAUUGAGUCUGAGUUGGAAAAGAGUCGACCCAAACUGAGGGGAAUUUACGCUGCCUAUGCCAAGGAACUGGGUCAGUCCUGAAUUAAGUCAGAGUUAGUCUUGAUAGGAGUCAGCCUUGAUCCUCAGAUCAGAGUGCAGCACUAAACUUUUCUUUCUGACUCUAGAUCCAGAAGACUCUGAGGUGUUGUCUGUUGCCUCUGAGCCUGAAGAUCCAGAUGUUGAGGAGAACGAGCUCCAGGCUGCUGCCCAACACCUCACCCAGGAAUUCCUAGGUCAGGUGAUCCAGGAAGAGGAGGGUCUGGGCAGCAAGACAGAUGUGGGGAAGGAGGAGGAGGCGGGGGCAGUCAAAGAGGGCAGUGUACAUCAACGUCAAGUCGCCUCGUUAGACAUCAUUCUUGGGAAGCUGCCGACAGCAGCCAGCCUCCAGCAGACCUUCAUCGAGUCUGAGAGCAGUGACAAACCUGAUGGUAAGAGUGGACACACCUGUAUGACAUCAUCAGAGGUGGGACAGGUAGUUAAAAAGCUGUCUGUGUUUAUUCACAGAUGAGCAGUCAGAGAGCGGGGAACUAGACCUGGACGGUAUUGAUGAUCAGGAGAUCGAGAAGGUGGGUAAAUUUAAAACUCGCUGUUGUAUCGCUCCAGUCUCUCUGAACGUUAGAGGCUGCUUUUAUUGUAAUAGGUAGCAAACAGGAUGUGAUGUGUUUGUGUCGCAGUACAUCCUGAACGAGAGAGAAGUUCAGGUGAAGACAGACCUGUGGAUGAAACAGAACGCUGAGUACCUGCAGGAGCAGAAAGGUGAGCAGGACUCUUCACCAUCAUCCUCAUCUUCACCGAGUCUAUGUGGUCUUUAACACAGGUGUGUGUGUGUGUGUGUGUGUGUGUGUGUGUGUGUGUGUGUGUGUGUGUGUGUGUGUGUGUGUGUGUGUGUGUUACAGAGAAAGAGGAGCGGAUCAAGAAAGAGAAAGAGCAGGGUACCUACAAAGAGAAGGUGAGUGGUGAACAGGGUUCCCCAGCCUGAUGUGCAAGGGCUGAAGUCAGGACAGCUGUGACACUCAGGGUCUCACCUGUCAGAGUUCUUACAACGUUCACUUUUUCAGCCAAAGAAGUCCAAGAAGAAGAAGAAGGAGCUGGUGGAGGCGUCGUCAGCAGGCGAGGCCAUCGAGCGCAUGCUUGAGAAAAAGAAGAUCUCCAGUAAGAUCAACUACGAUGUCCUCAGAGACCUGAACAGCAGGGGGACAGGAAGUGGGGGAGGCAGCAGUCCCAACAGACCCCCCUCUGCUGGGCCCCCUGAUGCACGCAAGAAACUCAACCGCCGCCGCCGCAGAAAGACCAGCGACGCUAACCGAGACCUCGCUGCUAACGCCAGCUUAAUGGGAAAGAGGUACGAACAUAUCUUAGCUUUAUAAAAUCGCCAGUAAUAUAAGAUGAAAAUGCAGUCCUUUAAUAAUCAUCCCUCCUCAACCCAGCAGCGGCAUGGUGGCUGUCUAACAUGAGGCUGGUCCUGCCCAAGGUUUCUGCCUGUUAAAAGGAAGUUUUUCCUUGCCACUGUAACUCAUGUUAGUUGAGAUGGGCCAAAACCCAUCUUAGGUUGGUUCUUGAUCAUCAAACAAUGAGCGUGGUCCAGACCUGCUCUUGUUCCUUGAAAAGCGUCUUGAGAUGACGACUGUUGUGAAUUGGCGCUAUAUAAAUAAAAUUUGAUUGAUUGAUUGAUUGAUAAUCAGUGUGAAAGAUAUGUAAACCUCUGAAAAUCUGUUACAUCUGUAUUUGAGUUCUAUUACAUUUAUACACAACAAAUGUCUAUCUAUAGAUGUAAAAUCUGUCUUAAAUUUGUGUCAAAUAUGUUUAAUAUGUUAUUUUAAAUCUACUCUUUGUGUGUAAUCUACUUAUUUGUAUGUAAUCUAUAUAUACCUCAGUUUUUUCUCAUUAUUGAGAUUGGUAAAGUUCUUGAUUCUUAUUGGUCGAAACUCCUCAUUAUUUAGAUUUUAUUAGAAAUAUUUGACCUGUAAUGCAAAUCUGUUGAUUGUGGUGUUUUUUAUGUUCAGUGGAUUACAGAGUUAAUUAUUUGAGAUCAAUCACUUCCUGUUCCCAGGGUCCGCCUCCUCAUUUCCUCCACACCAAAGAAGAAGAAAGCAGCCAACCAGGCGACCGACCAGGUGACUGACCAGGUGACUGACGAAGUACCAAACAAGGCGACCAAUCAGGUGAGCUACAGUCCCAGGUGCAAGAUUAGCGGUUAGAAAUAAACAGCUGUUUUUGACAUCACAAAGGUCCAGGCGACCCCGCCUCCCCGCCUACAGGUGAGGGCUCUCUAACCUCAAACUGUCUUUAACACCUUAGGAAGAAAACCUAGUUACUAUGGCAACUGACACAACAACAGAGACCCCACCUGAAGCAACCCCUGACCCUAAACCACAAACUGGACCUACUCCCACAGCGCCCCCUGCUGCAGGAGAAGAAGAGGAGGAGGAGGAAGAGGAGGAGGGGGAGGGGGAGGGGGAGGAGGAGUGUGUCUCUGCCCUGCAGCUUGUUGGAGGUCAGACCAGACUUUUAUUUUGAUUUUUAGAUUGAAUUUGGGCUUUUAUUUUGAAAGGACAGUUAAUGAAAACGAAAUAAUAUCUAUGUUUCUGAUUGUUUUUUCAGAUUACGGCUGUGAGGAAGAGGAAGUUUUCUAAAUGGCCUCCAGAUCGAUGAACUCCUGUCCAUCCCUUAAGAGGGUCGAUGUUACAGAAAUCAAAAACCAGCACCAGUUGUAAACCAUUGUGUAAAAAUUUGUAACCAUGGUGAUGUUUUUAUUUGUCAUAUCAUGUCUGUAGAUUUUUUACCGUCCUCUUAAUUUGACACUUUAGGAAAUGAGCAUCUCCUGUUUGUAAAGUCAGUUUUUAUUGUUGUUUUUAAAGGAAAGCUGCAGAUUUUGGAUGUUUGUGUAUUUUUUAUAUGUGUUUGUAGUCUUUAAAUGUAAAUAUUUAAAUCACAUUCCUGUAAAAUAUCACAGAAAGCAUUUUAAUCGUCUGAAGAUUCUGGAAAAACUGAUUAUGUUUUUUUCUGUUUUUUAUGAUGAGAUGUUUAAAAAGAAUUAAUAAUGAAGUGAAAAAAGAUGAAAGGAACCAAAGCUGAAAGAAUAAAGAGAAAAAAGUCAAAACAAA